UAAUGACGAAGAGUAUUAUGUAAACUCGUGUUUUCUCCCUUACUCUUGCUGUACUUGUAUCCCACUAGCGCCACAAUAAUAUUACGUUCGUAUUCAUAACGUGAAUAAACAUUCAUUUGCUUUGCUACAACUACUUUUCUUGCUGAUUCGGUGAACUUAUACUGUAUCAGAACAAUAUAAAAUGGAUUCUUUACGUGAACAAGUUAUGAUUAAUCAAUUUGUACUUGCGGCUGGAUGUGCACGAGAACAAGCUAAACAGUUACUCCAAGCUGCACAUUGGCAAUUUGAGACAGCACUGUCAAUAUUUUUUCAAGAGGUGGCCAUCCCAUCUGGAGCCAAUGGCAUAGCAGCACCACAUUACCAUCAGCAACUGAUGACACCAUGUAAUACUCCUGCCACACCACCAAACUUCCCGGAUGCUCUUGCAGCAUUUUCAAGAUUAUCAACAACAGGAAGUCCAAAUAAUGCAGGUGGAGGGGGCGUCAGUGGCAUGGCACCGCCUGUAUCCCCUCUUGCUACGCAUCCUCCACCAACGCAAAUGCAGAUGAAUGCUUUUGCUAGUAACCCAAACCCGCAAUCAAAUUUUGCACCACUUUCCUGCUCAACUGCAAUUUGCAGAGAACAUAUGCCAAGAUAAGCUGAAUACUUAGGUUAGGAUCAUCUAUAAUUUAUUUUUAUAAUGGUGCGCAAUGUGAGCUGUGGGUUUGUGAAUAUUAUUUCUAACACCCCUCUGCAGCUUAAGUUUGCUGGACAAUAUAUGGGGUGAUAUAGUCAAUCAUGUUAAACAUAAAAUAUUCUCACUGUUCAUAUAGUGGUUUCUAAAACAAAAUGCACUAUAGAAUAAUAUUAAUAUUAUAUUAUAACAGUUUUUGAUACCUAUAGAUCUUUCACUGUGAUUAUAAAAUUUGGUAUCAUAACUAUGUAGUGGUAAAGUAAUGAUUAUGGCUGUAUGAUAAUUAUGAAAGAUGAAAUUAUUGUUGUUUUUAUUUUUCGUUUAAUGUUAUAUACUUUUCUAUACACUGUUUACUGUAAACUAAUAUCAUUUUUGAAUAUAAAACGUAUAUUAUAUUCUUCAAUAUUAUACAGCUUCGUAAAAGACAAUAUUAAGGAUACAAUAAAAGUGAUUAAUUAAGAUAAAAUGUUCACAUGUCAUUUUUUGCAAUUUAAUUCUUGUAAUUAAAAAUAAAUAAGGAAAAUCAUUAAAA